UAUUCCUCAACCCCUACGGCCGUAACUAACGUAAGAAGGUAGAGAAAAAUGGCUACCUAGUGUUUGUUGUGCUAGCAAGCGAGGGAUGUUUUAUCACAUUUUGAACAUACACAGGGCUUUACCCCCUUUUUUUUCGACAAAAGCUUGACAUUUACCGUUUAUUAUGGAGGAAUCUUGGGAUUUUGAGUUUCUGUCCCGUAUCGCCGACAGCUGCUUGUCAUUUAUGUCUGAAUUCGUCGAGGACUGGCUGGCAAACGACCUGAGAGUGUCCAUAUUUAAAAUCCUUCUCGGCUGGUUGAUUUUAAGCCUUGUAGCAAUUCACUUCGCCUGGAAGGUGUACGGGAACACAGUGAACGACAUGUAUUACAGACAGGGGAGUGGACAAAACGGAAGUACACCUGACACAACAGCUGGUUUAGGACGAUGUUUUCUGUCAUUUUUGCAGGGGUGCUGCCGCGGGAGAACCUUUCAAGACUCACGGAGAUUGACCGGAAAGUAUUGUGAAACAAAAAAAAUCCCAGGCACCUCGAAUGCACCGUAGAAGGUGACAUCAUUCAAGCUUUACAAAUCCAAUGACUGGAAAACACUUGUAAAUACACAAUUUAAUUUAAAA